CGGGCGCUCGGGCAAGUUUUGCUUCUCCUAAAACGCACGCGAGCUCGCCUCCGUCGUGGUGCGCAGAGCGCGGUCUGAAGGGGGCCAGAAAGCCGUAGCGAAAUCCCCCCCUCUCCGAUCAACUGCUCACCUUCACCACACCACUGGAGGAACCAGGAAGCUGCACAUGUUUUUCUGACUCCUAUGCCACUUAAGCCCGAGGCAAUCCCGAGAAUGGACAAGUUCAAUAAAAUCACGGUGCCAGCAGGACAGAAGCUCAGGCAACUUCAAAAGAUAGUACAUGAUAUCAAGAAAAAUGACAGUGGAAUAAUGAACAAGUUCAAAAAGUUCCCAACUGAACACGUGGCCUUAAUAUACAAAACUGGAAAAAAUACAUGGGAUCGGCUAACAAACAAACCACCACCAAGUGUACCACCAGUAGAUUACGUUGCAGAGCACCCCGUGGAAGAAGAUCAAUGGACAGAUGAGUUUGAUAGUGAUUAUGAAAAUCCUGAUGAUCACUCCGAUUCUGAGGUGUAUGUGGUUCCCACUGAAGAGAACUGUGAUGACAGCUAUGAGCCUCCGCCAAGUGAGCAUGAAGAGAAGAAGAUUCCUCCUCCAGUCUUCCCAUGUUUGGGAGGGGACUAUGCAGACAACAAACGACCUAGCCAACAGAACUCUUGGCCAAGUGCAAAGCCACCGCCUCCUCUACCAAGCCAAUCGUCAUCUACACCAACCAGAAUAGCUACUUUGCAACCACUGUCUGCUGCUUUAAAGCCAAAACUCCCACCCAAGCCAACUGAUGAAGAGGCAGAUUAUGUUGUACCUGUUGAUGAUGAUGAUGAAGAAGACAACUACAUUAAACCCACAGAAGAAAACAUUCCAGUGCCUUUAAAACCUCCAGCAGUAAACAGAUCUAUCAAGCCCACAUCAAAACUCGACCCUUCCAGCUCAUCAGUAUUGCCUCCUGUUCCUGAGCCACCUUCCUCAUUAGAUGUCUAUGAAAUUCCUGAAGAAGAGCAGGAAAAGCCAUCUCCUCCAUUAAACAGGACUUCCAAGCCUCCUCUGCCAAAGCCAGUCCAGAGACUAUCUGGAGGACACUUUCAGGAACGCAGCGCAGGCAAAGAGUCCUUUAAACCAGACAGAAAUAUUUUGCCUCUCCCAAGACCCCGUCCUCUGCCAAAAAUCGAACCUGACAGUCUAAGAAUGCAAGAUGAUGAAAGUCAUCACAGCACUUGCAUUCCAGAUUCCAAGUUUCCUUCUGUUACAGUGCCAUCUCCACUUCCAAGGAUUACGAAAAAACUACCAAAUCCAGCUCUACCACCAAAACCAAGCUUCCCUGACAGAGACCACCUGAGUGUUACUGAAGAUAAACCUAUUCCAGCUGAACGCCGCCGGGGUUCCACCCAUGACAUCCCACUUCCUCCUAUCCCAUCUGGUGUUCAAAAGCCAUUGCCUCAGAAACCGUCCAUCUUGCCAAGAUCACCAGAGCCUGCAAAUCGCACCUUAGGUAAACCACGCAAUAGCAAUCAAGGUGGCUUUGCAACAUCAGAGCAGGAUGCAAAUGUUCAAGGCAAACCAUGGUAUAUGGCUUCCAGUGAUCGGAAAACAGCUGAGGAUGCAUUAUACAAAUCCAACAAGGAUGGAUCAUUCUUAGUAAGGAGGAGUUCUGGGCAAGACUUAAAGCAACCAUAUACACUAGUGGUGCUUUAUAACAAGAGAGUAUAUAACAUUCCAAUCCGGUUUAUAGAAUCAACAAGACAAUAUGCCCUGGGUAGAGAAAAAAGUGGUGAGGAGCGCUUCGACAGUGUGGCAGAAAUAAUAGAGAACCAUCAACAGACUUCUCUCGUUCUCAUUGACAGUCAGAACAACACAAAAGACUCAACCAAACUUAAAUAUAUUACUAGAGUUUCAUAACUGCAUUGAGGAUCCACCAUGAAAUAUCUUCCAGUCUUUAUCACCCAGAUGUUUGAGACUAAGCAUUGGAAUAAGCAAACAAACCCGUAAGAAGACUGCGCUCCAAAAACUUUUAUCAAGAAGGAUCACAGUAUGUUCAGCCCACAAACUGUAAAAUAGCGAUUAUAUCUGAAAGUCAGUGUUAAAGGAACUGAUGGUCCAAUUCAUUAUGUAAUGACCGUUCCAAAGUUGUUCCAGUUGUCAUGUAUUUGAGGUAUAUGUUCUAUGAAAGCAAUUUUAAACUCAAUAGAGAAUGAAAAGGCUUCCAUGACAUGUAAUUUAUUUUUUUUUAAAUUGUACCUGCUACGGGUUCCUUAUUCUUGGUAAAGUAACUUCUUGGUAAAAUUCACAUUAAAAACCUAUGAUGUUUCUGUCAAAAUGAGCCAUUACUCAACAAGCUAAAGGCAUGUUUGCUUUUAAUAUGAAAAUCUUUAAAAUUCAUAAUUUCUGAAUAAUGUAAUAGAUUUGUACUGGUUUGGGCUGUGUUUGUUAGAAUUAUUGUUACAUUUUUAUUAAAUGUACAUAAAAGAAUAUAAAAAGAAUUACUAUGCAUAAGAGUAUAUGAAUGCAGAAUUGUGAUCCAGAGUAUCUUAUUGUAGCUCUUUCUCAUUUAAAGUACAUCUUAUUUACUUCUCAAAUGUUAAAAAGUCCAACUUAAAUGAAUGCCUCUGCUUUUUAGAUUAUACAUUCCUUACAUUUACUAUUUUAAUGUGAAUAUAGAAAAUUAUCAGAUCAA